AUGUUUCUCUUCAUCUCCGCGUUCGGCAUGACGUCACUCUACCGAUGGACUUGGCAAGAAUUUGCCGCUUUCGGGUUUCCGAAAACGUCUCCAGUAGUCACCCGCUCGCAAGCGCGUGAGGCUGCUAGCCGCAGCGCCGCUGAGAACCUCGACAGCUCCUCUAGAACGCAAUCGACUCCCUCUCCAACAAUCCCUGGUGACUUCGACCGCGACGAAGAAGACGAGAUAGACCAAGAACUCCGGGACGACUUCAACGAAGAACCAAUCCCUUCGACCGCCGAAGAACGCACUUCGUCCCCCGAGCUUCUAGGCCUCACUACUUCCGACUACGACAUUUCGACUCCUGAUCUUUUCGAACGAUCCAGUUCUUCGCCCAAACCCGAGUAUCCCAUCCCAUCUACUUCGAAUCUCGUACUUCCGGCUCCGUCGUCUUUUUGCGCCCACGCUCAGCCGCCCAUCGCAUCCUCUUCGCGACUCUCAGUCAUACCUACAUCCGACCUGGCACCUCCGCCACCAUUAGCACCUUCGAAUGCAGCUUCGAACUCCAACCCCACACCGCCUGCUCCUACGAUUCCUUCGACUACUACCACGUCCUCUUCGAGCCCAGCUCCUACUACCACUACAAACAUGAGUCAGAACACGAACACACCAUUGAUGCCCCCGCGCGGUCAUUCGACGGCACCAAGCUUCGACCCGUCGGAAGUCCGCUCGCUUCGGCGUUACUUCCAGGACCUCGAGGCGUUGUUCACCCGGUGUCAGAUUACCGACGAAGCAGCCAAGAAACAGUGGGCCGUUCGGUAUCCUUCGAUCGACGUCGCCGACUUAUGGGAAACCAUCGAGUCCUUCAUCGACGUAGCCAAAAGCUACAACGACUGGAAAGCCGACGUACGAGCACUCUAUCCUGGCGCCGACGAUACAAGAAAGUGGUCGCUGGCAGACAUGGAUCAGCUCAUCGGAGAACACGCUCGUAUCGGGAUUCACAACGCGGCAGACCUAGGCUGCUAUUACCGCGACUUCAUGGCCAUUACGAAACAUCUCAUCGCACAGCACCGGCUCUCUACUAUCGAGCAAAGUCGCGCAUUUCUUCGAGGUUUCCAGCCAGCGUUGCUCACACGGCUCGAGACCCGACUGCAUCUCAAGCAUCCCGAUCACUACGCCGACGACCCGUACACCAUGGCAGAGAUUCACGCGGCGGCUACGUUCAUCUUACACGGUACAUCGAGCACACCUACGACAGCGGCUAACCAAGCUACCGCUUCGACGUCGAACACUUCGACAACGGUGCCCCCCGGGAUGAUCAAAACCGAAGACAUCUCGAUGAUCAUCGAAAGCCUGUCGAGAACGAUCACAACACUCAUUCAGCCGACGACACACGCUACGCACAACCACGCCCCCGCACCGAGACAACAAGCUGCUGUCCACGUCCACGAGAACAGCGGAGUUGAACAGACGUGCCACUACUGCGGCAAUCGUGGCUGCAGGGUAGGCACCUGUGAGUUCGCGGAGAUCGACAUCCGGGACGGCAAGUGCAAGCGUAACACCAAAGGAAAGAUCGUCCUUCCAAACGGAAGCUUCUGCCCCCGCACUAUCCCUGGUCUCACGAUACGGGAUCGAAUCUAUGAGUGGCAUAGAAGAAAUCCCGCAGCACCCGCCGCUCCGAUGAUGCUCUUCGAGAUCGACGAUCACUCGACUAUGCAGACCUUCACGCUCAACACCAGCAGCAGGAUUGAGGCGCUCGAGCGAGAACUCCUUCAGCUUCAGAAGCGCAGGGAGGUCUUCGACGGCGUCGAGAUUCUAUAG